GGAGAAAAGUAAUGUUAACUUUCUCAUCAUCUCAAAUAUUCAGACUUUAAUUUACCCUUUGACUUAUUUUUUUACCAUUCGACCGAGUAACAGCUUGAUAGUUGAUAGUUGACCAAGAUGACUGUCUACCACGUUGUCCUCUUCCGCCUCAAACCCGGUGUAACACAAUCCCAAAUCACAAACUGGGCCCAAAUCGCCAAAGACAUGGUUGGAAAAAUACCAGGCCUCGUCUCGCUGCAAGCUAACCAGCCGCUUCCUAUCUCCGUGCCCCGAGCAAAAGGGUUUAAUAUGGGGAUUGUGGCGGUGUUGGAGAAACCGGAGGAUUUGCAGGUUUAUGCGACGCAUCCGGCGCAUUUGGAGGUGCAGACGUUGAGGGAGGAGUUGUGUGAGGAUACGUUGGCGUAUGAUUUGGAGUUUUAGGGAAUAGAUUUAUGGGGUUUAUUUAUAGAGGUUAAAUGAAGAGGUACGGUUCGGUAUGAAUUGUAUAAGGAUCAGGUGUCUGAGAAAUAAUGAAACCAAAGGUAAUCGACAUAGGCACAUGUAUGAAGAUAAACAUAACCUCGAAACACAAACGCCGGAGAAUGAAAACCCUUGCAACCUUGCA